UGUCCCAUUUUAUUUUCAAAUGGGUCCAGCCCGAUUCUUUUUAAUUUUAGGCCCGUUGCUUCUUCUUCCUCGCGUACCCUUCUGCGAAGUCGCACGUUGCGGUGGCUCGUCGUGAAGUCCCCCUCGGAGAGUAAGAAUCCCCCAAAUUGUUGGGGGAAAUUGCCAUGGAUGCCAAGGACAUCUUGGGCUUGCCCAAAUCGACGCAUCCCGCAUCCCAGGAGAAGAAAUCUCGGCCGUUGAAGGAAUCUCAGCGAAAACCAGAUGGCAUUUCGCGCGAGGUGUAUGCGCUUACCGGUGGUGUUCCACCUCUCAUGCCGGCAGUGGAGCCAUUACAGCUGAAAAAAAGGCCUCCGACUGAUGAAAAGAUCACUUGGCAGUGGCUUCCUUUUACUAGUUCUGCCCGGAAAGAUAAUUUACGGCUCUACCACUGGGUUAAAGUUGUAAAUGGCGUCCCGCCUACAGGUGACUACUCCUUUGCCAAGUAUAACAAGUCUGUGGACGUUGUCAAGUACACAGACGAGGAGUAUGAGAAGCAUUUGACUGAUGAUAUGUGGACAAAGGAGGUGACGGAUCAAUUGUUUGAAUUGUGUCAACAAUUUGAUCUACGCUUCAUUGUGAUAGCAGACAGGUUCUCGUCUUCUCGUACUGUGGAAGAACUGAAGGAACGCUAUUACAAAGUAUCUCGAUCUAUAUUAAUUGCUAGAGCGGCGGCAUUGCCUGGAGAUGUUUCAGAGCAUCCUAUUGUUAAGGAACCUUACAAAUUUACACAAGAGAGAGAUUGCAAGCGAGCAUUGUCCAUGGUUCUCUCUCAAACAAAGCACCAAGAGAGAAAAGAUUCUGAGGUUCUGGCAGAAGCCAAAAGAAUAGCUGAGUCACGCAUGGCUGCAAGGAAUGCUAAAGAGUCGGAGUUGCUCGUCACAUUUACUAUGGAUAGUGAGAGGGCUAUUGUUUUUGGUGGGACUCUAUCAUGUCCAUCCAACUCUGAGUUCGCCCCUGCAAUGGUUGCACAUUCAACUUCAAUGGCAGAGAAUGCCUCUACUCUAGCUUCUCUCCGCAUGCUUCGGGUGUAUCUUAGAACAUAUGCACUUGACCAAAUGAUUCAAUCUGCAAGCUCAUCUGCUGGACUUCGGACUAUCAAGCGGAUUGAACAAAGUUUGCAAGAACUUGGGGUUAAUUUAAAGCCAAGAGUUCCAACUAAAGCCGUUUGUGCACAGCAUCUUGAACUAAGAAAAGAAAUAUUGACGCUACUGAAUCUUCAGAAACAGCUACAAUAUAAGGAGGCAGGAGGCUCAUCUUAUCGUGAUAGUCCAUACGAAACACCAGGCACACCCAAGGAUCGCACUUUUGUUCCUGAUUCAACAAGUUUCGGAGGUGAAUUAUUAGGGGAUAGAGUUGGUAAACGAGACCAAAAACGAAAAGCCCUUGGUAGGGCAGAAGCUCCAUCAUUGCCUGCGCAGUCUAAAAGGCCUAGAAAGUUAAGGGCAUCGGAUCUGUAGCUCCAGAACUGAGUAAGCAAAUCAGCUCUUAGUUGACCUGGCAAGCAGAAUGCAUAAUUAAAUUGGUGCAGGUCUUCCGAUAGUUUCAAAUGUAGUAGCAACCGAAGUAGGAGAAGAGGCUUUUGUUUCUAGCUAGUAAUUCUAGUUGGUAGUUAACAGUGACCGGCGAUGAUGGACUUAACCAGCAAGUAAUUCUGAGUUGGGAGCGCCGAGUAAAGUGCAUGGCAUAAGUGGAAGUUCCAAUUUCCGUUAACCUUAAGGAAAUUGUCCAAUUAUAAAUAGUCAGAGUUACCACAUUAGGUUAAAACUAUGUGAAAUGCUAUAUUUAUGUAAAUAUAUUUCUUGCUAAUUCCAAUAUUAGACUGGCAUUUAGGUGA